AUGGCCUCCCCUCCCCAGUCCCUCCCGCUCCAAUCGACCCUCUCCUCCCUCCCGCCCGUCCACCCGGGCGACCUCCGCGCCCAGACCCGCGCCCUCCUCUCCUCGACCGCGUCGACGAUCCCGCUCCUCGUCGCCCUCGACGACGACCCCACCGGCACGCAGACCUGCCACGACAUCCGCGUCCUCACCGUGUGGGACGUCGAGUCGCUGGCGGCCGAGUUCGCGCGCACGCCGCCCGGCUCCGGCUUCUUCAUCCUGACCAACUCGCGCGCGCUGCACACGGCCGACGCGCGCGCCCUCGUCGCCGAGAUCUGCCGGAACCUGCGCCGGGCCGCCGCGCAGGCGGGUGGUGGCGGCGGCGACGUGCCGUUCGAGGUCGUGCUGCGUGGGGACAGCACGCUGCGUGGGCAUUUUCCCGACGAGCCCGAGGUCGUGGAUGAGGAGGUCGGCGGCGGCGGCAGCGACGCGUGGGUGCUGGCGCCGUUCUUCUUGCAGGGCGGCAGGUAUACCAUCGACGAUGUACAUUACGUCGCCGAGGGGGACACGCUGGUGCCGGCGGGGGAGACGCCGUUCGCGAGGGAUGCGACGUUUGGGUACCGGAGCAGCGAUUUGCGCGACUGGGUGGUGGAGAAGAGCGCGGGCAAGAUCGCGCGGGAGAGGGUGGUGAGUUUGGGCUUGGGGGACAUUCGGCAGGGCGGCCCGGAGAGGAUUGCGCAGCUGGUGGAGGGGUUUGAGAAGGGCAGUGUGAUUGUGGUGAAUGCGGCGGCGGAGGAGGAUAUGGAUGUUGUGGUGUUGGGGUUGCUGAAGGCUUCGUCCAAGGGCAAGCGCUUUCUCUUCCGCACCGCGGCCGCUUUCGUUUCGGCACGUCUGGGGAUCCCCCCUAUUCCUUCCAUCUCGGCGCAGCAGUUGCAGCUCUCUCACGAGGCUGGUGGGUUGAUCAUCGCCGGAUCCUAUGUCCCGAAGACGACGGCGCAGCUCGAGGUCUUGACAUCCAAGAGCGGCGACAAGCUGACUACGGUGGUCCUGGACGUGGAGAAGCUCCUGGCUUCGCCUGAGAGCUCGGCUGAGACCAUCGCACAUGCCAUCACCGUCGCUGAGAGAGAGAUCGCGCGGAGACAGGACGUGCUCGUCAUGACUAGCCGCAAACUGGUGGUUGGCGAGGACGCAAAGAAGAGCCUGGAUAUCGGCUCCAUCGUCGCGGAUGCGCUGGUCAAGUUCUUGCAACAGCUGAAGAUCAAGCCGCGAUACGUGAUCGCCAAGGGCGGCAUCACAUCAUCGGACAUGGCCACGAAGGGCUUGAACAUGAAGAAGGCGAUGAUUGUGGGCCAGGCGGCAGCUGGUAUCCCACUGUGGCGCUGCGACGAGGAGACGUGCAAGUAUCCGGGGCUGCCGUACGUUGUGUUCCCCGGCAAUGUCGGUGGCAACGACACGCUCUACGAAGUGGUCAACGGUUGGCGGGUAUGA